AUGCUGGUGAAUUUGGACUCUGUGCUUACAACCGUUGGAUCACCAACUUUGGCUGCGUAUUCGCUUAUCCUAACUGUCUUAAACAAUCGUUGGGUCACCAGACAGUUUACACAAUACACCUUUCCCAACGUUCGAGAUGCAGUGCGCAUCCUCACUAGCCUGCAGCAAUCGCCCAUCAGAGUCGUGAAAGAUGAUGGGUUUCUUGCGUCCCUCAUUGUUCUGAGCCAGAACGACAAAUGGUGGAGUCAACUUGCCGAGGAGAUCGACUAUAGUCACAACUGGUCCAUUUCUGCAGCCACCUCCAUCGCGUGGGUGGUCAUCGCCUACGUCUUUAGCGUCCUUGAUACUUUCAUAGCGGGCGUUGACACCUCCAUCCAUUCCAAUGGCCUAGGAGUAGGAUCGCUUUGGCUGUGGCUUCUCCCCAUCGUCGUUGGGUGGCUACAGUUCUCGCCCAAAUGUGACGCGGCACUGCUCAAGAGAGCCGUAGCGCGUGCGAAUGGCAUUGCGUACAUUGCCACGGAUGAUGGGAAGGUUGUUCUCCUGAAGGACAAAACCGACGCACGAGCUAUUGACCUUACCUUGACAGAUGUGGAUGACCUGCAUCGGGAUGAGAAGUGUACUUCGCCAGUCUUCAACUAUGCGCGAUUCUUCCCGUGGGUGCAGGCAGUGGAGGAUGUGUCCGAAGCUUUCCAGGCGGCAUCCGAACGUUAUAGCCGUCAUGAGCUGGUCAACGAGCCGGUCAACCCCGAUGCUGAGAAACCUAAUUAUCGUGAUCGUGUGGGCACCAGGACUCAAGUCGAAAACUACUGCACUCCGGAUCAGGCCAAGAAACCUCCUGCACGUAGUCGCUGGGGACCAAAAGUUGUAUCCAGAAUGAUUCUUGCAUCUGGUCUCGCAUUGAUGUUACAAUGGGGCACGGCUGGAGCUGCCUUGGUUCAAGCCUGGUACACACCUACUCGAGGUGAGAACUUCACUGUUCUCUCUCCUCCGUCUUGUUUGCUGAUCACUGUCACAGGACUCGGCUGCCGAUCAUUUGCUGUGCUCAUUUACGCUGUCCUCUCCACGACCGUUUGGAUGAUGUUAGUGACCUCAAGCAUCCUAACACACUAUGUCUCGACCACCCAACACCGCUCUGAAGGCCAUGUCAUCCGUGAAGGUGAGGCCAGAGAUGAAGAAGGCCAGGCCAGAGAUGUAGAAGGCCAGGCCAGAGAUGUAGAAGGCCAGGCCCUCCUCGAAGGCAACUUGAAGGCCAUCCGUCAUCAGUCCGCAGCUCGAUGGACCUCAAUUAUGCUACGCCGUCUCGGAAAGUUCAUCGCCGGCUUCAACGCGGUCUGGGCAGUCACCGCGUGCUUUUGCCAGUUCGGCAACGUCUUUGACAAUUGUUUUUGUAACAGCAGCGUCUUUUCUCUGGGCAAGCACGCGUAUUCUGUCAUAACUCUUCAAGAUCUUGACUUUUGGAUUAUACAAAGUGCGUGGAUUGGCAGCGUGUUUUUGGCGGGCGCCACUGCGGCCAUAUAUGUGCUCUUCGCCAAUUUCCUUAUCGAGCCGCCCUUGCCUGAGAUCGUGCCAGUGGCGACUGAAUGA